UUCCUUAUACAUAAAGACCUGUACCCAUUUGGUAUUUCUAUUGGCGAUCAAUAUUUACCCGAAGACUUGGAAUUCGCAACACAAAAAAUUGAUAUCCCUAGUCGCAUACCAUGGGGGACAGAGCUGAUCAAAUCUAUUUGGAUUUCCAUAAAUGGCCUAAUAAGCUUUGGUGAAGAAUAUGCAGGUUUUAAUCCCAAACGACUUCCAUUGAUGGAUAAAAAGUUGCUAGCUGUAUAUUGGUCAGAUUUGGACGUUGUAAAUCUAGAUAGAGCAUACGUUUAUUGGCAGAUAUACACGCGAAGACCAGAUAACAAUGUGCAACAACAAAAUGUCAUUGAGCGCGCGAAUAGGGACGUUCUAUUGCAUUCUCCAGAUAAAUUAAGUAGGCCUAUAUAUGAUGCACAAACUGUCGUUGUUGUAACAUGGUAUGAAGUUCCUCCAUGGCCAGCCAGGAAUAAUACGGGUGAACGAGUAACAUUUCAGUGUGUCAUUAUCACUGACGGAAAAACGGCAUACGUCAUUUAUUUAUAUUUACAAAAUGCCAUGAAUUUCAAUCCACAAUUUUCACGAGCUGUAGAAAUUGGAUGGGGAAGUGUUAACUUUGUUACAGAGAGAUCAAGUUACUAUUCAUUUGAUCAAGUCAUUGGGAAUACUGGUGUUCCCGGUCAGUGGUUCUUUAAAAUUGGAGAAUCUGAAAACUUCGAAAUGGAAUGUUUGACCUGGUACCGAAACAACAUCUAUUGGUCAUCUUUGAAUAGAUUUUCUUCGAACUAUCCAGCUACCUUCUGCUUUGAUGACAAUGCAAGAAAAUUUAUUUUGUAAAUGUAAUUAAAUGUUAAAUUAGUCAAUAAACAUUAAUUAAAACGGUUCGAAACUUAGGGGAG